UUGCUGGACGGCAAGCGACCACUUGCCAGUCCGAUGCGGAGUGAUCUCACCACUCCAACGUCACCUCUCACUUCACCACCAACAGACAUCAGCAAAAAAUACGGAAUCAUGGGCUUGAAGACACUCUCGGCGAAGGCUGCUGCAGCCCUGGACAAGGAACUGAUGAGCACCGGCGCCUUCUCCAUCGACCAGCUGAUGGAGCUCGCCGGCCUCUCAGUUUCGCAAGCAAUCUACCGCGUUCACCCUCUCAGCAAGGGAUUGAAUAUUCUCGUUGCCUGCGGGCCUGGCAACAACGGUGGUGACGGUCUUGUCGCUGCCCGUCACCUCCGUCACUACGGGUAUAAACCCAGCAUUUACUACCCCAAGAGGAGUAAAAACGAAUUGUACCAGCGACUGGCGCAGCAGCUGGAGGACCUGAACGUGCCGUUCGUCGAUGACUUUCCUGCGGCUCUGAAGUCGACGGACCACAUUGUGGAUGCCAUCUUCGGAUUCAGCUUCUCUGGCGAGGUCCGGGAGCCCUUCCCUGCGGUGAUCAAGGCGCUCGAGGAGACGAAAUUGCCCGUAACUUCGGUUGACGCUCCAUCAUCGUGGAAUAUCGAGGAUGGCCCGCCGUCGUCUGGCCUCGGCAGCUCUUUCCACCCUGAGGUCCUCGUCAGCCUGACAGCACCCAAGCCACUGGUGAAGCAUUUCAAAGGACGGCACUUCGUCGGCGGAAGGCAUGCUCUGAGCUUCGGCACCCCCAAAGUUAAAGAAAUCUACAACCUGGACCUUCCGCAGUACGAAGGCAUCGACCAGGUGGUGGAAGUGGACAACAACGGUCAGAAGCUGUAA